AUGGACUCCGCUCAGCUGAUCCGCUUUCUUCGCACUGCAUGUCCGCUCGGCGCCUCUCUUAGCGUCCUAAUAACGAUGGUGAGCUGCGUCAUUAUCGUCAAGGCGAACGAUAUUUGGGUCAGCGGACUCACAUGGCCGUUCUUGUCGGACAUGGGGCGAGACUACCCGGCCUACUACGUAUUUGGUACGGGACUCACGCUCGCCGCCAUCCUGCUCGUAUUCACGUGGACGUUCAACUGGCGUUAUCACAUGGCGGCAUUGCCGGAGGAUUCCCACGUGUACCGCGUGCUUUCAACCAUUAGCUGGGUUGCCGGAGUCCUGGCCAACCCGGGUCUACCCGUUCUGGCCUUUUUCGACACAUCGAAGCACUCCAAGCUCCACGCUGCCGGCGCCGAGUGGUUCUUUUACAUUGAGACCAUCGCUAUUCUCCUGAACGUACACCAUCGUGAGCUACAAGCUAUACAAAAUGCUGACGGGAUUACAGAUGGACCUAGAAAACGCAUGCUCGACCAUGGGAGCCAAGAUGCAGAGGAGGAGAAAGACAUUGAAGAUCCAGGUCAUUUUCUUCUCGUUGUUCUUCGUAGCGUUUCUCAUUUACAUGCCCAUCGGAACUUCCGUGGCAUCCCAGUCGCAGCGUCUCUCUAUUGA